AUCGGCUGGCCCUCAAGAAAUCUGCCUUGUUGUGCUUCAUCAUUGCAAUUGUGAUAGAAAAUGCCACCUCGUCUGGCCCAAAAGCGUGCUGCACGCUCCGAGUCGCGUGGAGAGGGAUCAUCGUCUCAUGCGCCCAAGAAAACGCGCUUUUUGGACCCGUCAGAAGAUCCUGUCAACUUCGCCGAAGAGGUCGAUGCACAAUUGGAUAGCGCGAAAGCGCGGGGAAACAGGAGAGUAAAGACAGACGGCUACGAUUCGGACUCGAGCGGGGAGGAGGGAGAGAGCGUGGUAUGGAGCCGAAAGAAGCCAGCAAAGGAGGAGGAGGACGAUGACAUGUUCGCGAUGGGGGAAGCACAGGACAAGAAAGAGGACGAACCGGAUGCAAAGAAGGAGGAAUACCUGAAGCUCGGCGAUAUCGAGGGCCAGGAAUUCGGGAAUGAGAAAGGCUCUGAUGAGGAGUCGGAAAUAUCAGAUGAACCUGAGGACGAGGACGACGCUGAGCGCCGCAGAAAGGCAGGUAUGGGCUAUGAACUGUCGUCUUUCAAUAUGCGAGAGGAGAUGGAAGAAGGGAAGUUUACCGAGGACGGGAUGUACGUCCGGACUUUCGAUCAACAUGCGAUACACGACAAAUGGCUCGAUGGCAUGGACGAGCGGGAAGUGAAGCAGGCACGGAGGAGGAAGAAGGCUCGGGAGAGGCUUGAGAAGGAGCGCAUCCGGGCAGAGGAGGAGGAAAUGAAGCGAUUAGGAGGGAAGGAUGCUGUCGAGCAAGAAUUAAUUGGAAUGUUGAAGAAGGGCGAAACUGUGCUGGAGGCCCUGCAACGACUGGGUGCACAAGCCAAGAAGGCCAAGAAACCACCUAAAGGGAAAGCCCAUGAUGGCGGCAUGGAUGUGGACAAACCAUCCGCAGCGCCCUCCAACAUCGACCAUAUAACACAUCUUGCGUCCACACUGAUGUCGUUGGGGGAUACUGAUAUAUACUCGAGGACGUACGAAGAACUUGUGCGCUCGAUCCGGUCAUCCGGCAAAGUCGGUAACGAUUGGGUACCUCCCUCUGCCGACGUCAAAUACGAGUACAAGUGGGACGUGCCGGAUACGACUGCCCAAGAAGGCCAGGUCUUCGGUCCUUACAGCGAAGAAGAGAUGAAGGCAUGGCAUAGUGCUGCGUAUUUUGGCGUUGCCGGAGAGAAAGUUAAGGUUCGGAAGGUUGGCGGGGAAUGGGGGAGCUGGGAGGAUGUUGUAGUUUGACCGAUUGUCAGCCCAGUCGUUCGUGUAUCAUUAUAUCUGCUGUAUCGAUAGUAUUUGCUCUGGUCAGUGCG